AUGAAAAAGAUUAAUGAUGAUAAUAAGAGUUCUGGCGGAAGAGUUGAAUUAGAAGUGAAUGAUGUUAAUGAGAAAUUAGCCGAAAAAGCAGAUAAAAACCAUGUUCAUUAUAUAACUUCAGACGAACAGAUUAUAACGGACUACCAUGGAUAUUUAACACGAAGUGAUGAAGUGAAGACAAAAAAUGUUAAUGAAAGAAGAUAUAAAUACAUUCGUGCUAAAGGUUAUGACAUAAGCUGUACUGUACAGUAUGAUGUAGCUAAAGCACCAGAAGCAUUUGGUUAUAACGAUGAAAUUUAUGCCUCUACUUUCAAUGUUAACGGUGUAUUAGUUGAACCAAGAUUUACUUUGAGAGUUAAGUCAAAAAUAACGUUUGAAGAUGCUAUUAAAAGUAAAGCUGACAAAGUUGAACUCGAAGCAACGAACAAAGUUUUGAAAUCUCAUAAACACAACAUCUCCGAUAUAAAUGAACUUCAAGCUACAUUAGACAGUAAAGCUGACAAGAACCAUACACAUAAAUCCUUCACUACUGUUAGAGCAGACGACAUAAUAUUGAACUUUGACCUUGGUUCAAGUGCACCAUUAGAAAAUCCAAGUACAAGCGUAAAAGAUACUCUUAACAAUUUAGAUAACAGUUGCAGGAACAUUGAAAGUCAUGCCAGAAACUUUGAAGCAUAUGAACUACCAGCAAUGUUAGAUAAGAAAGCAGAUAAGAACCAUACACAUGAUUUCUUCACAACUGUUGGUAUAGAAAGUAUUGAAGGAACGGUUGAAGAAACUGGUGGGGAUGCAAUAUAUUGUAAACCUCCUAACUUUCCACAAGGUUUAACAUCGGAUGACGACAUAACGACGAUGAGAAACAUUAGAUGUAAAGAUGUUUAUGUCAUGAAGGAUGAACAUAAUAUUAAAUUCACUGCUCAAGAUUUAUAUGACAGUAAAGCUGACAAGAACCAUACACAUAAAUCCUUCACUACUGUUAGAGCAGACGACAUAAUAU